AGCCAUGGUCCCGGUUACGCGACGCCUUUGGAUGCUAUGAAAGGUCCUAGAGAGACGCUGAUCUACGUGCCCUGCAUCCUAACCGGCACAGGGACCCAACAACCGGACUAUCUGGCCACGGUGGACGUGGAUCCCGAAUCGCCCACGUAUUGCCAGGUGAUCCACCGCCUGCCGAUGCCCUACAUCAAUGACGAACUCCACCACACGGGCUGGAACGCCUGCAGCAGCUGUUUCGGGGACACCAGCAAGAGGCGCAACCGCCUGGUCUUGCCUUGCCUGGGCUCCUCCCGGAUUUACGUGGUGGAUACGGGGACGGAUCUACGGGCUCCCAGGCUGUUUAAAGUCAUUGAGCCCAGAGAAGUCUUCCGGAAAACCAACUUGGCUUUCCCACACACGUCUCACUGCCUGGGUAGCGGCGAGGUUAUGAUCAGCACUCUGGGGGACCCUCUCGGCAACGGAAAAGGUGGAUUCAUCCUCCUGGAUGCAAAAACCUGGGAAGUGAAGGGGACCUGGGAACGCCCGGGCGACGAGCCCCCACAAGGGUACGACUUCUGGUACCAACCAAGGCACAACGUCAUGAUCAGCACCGAAUGGGGAGUGCCAAAGUUCUUAAUUAAUGGAUUCAACCCAGAAGAUCUGAGGAAAGAGCGCUACGGCCGGCGCCUGAACGUCUGGGACUGGACGACCCAUUGCCUCGUCCAGUCGAUUGAUGUCGGGCAGGACUCCGCCCCGCUGCCGAUCCGGUUCCUACACAACCCCAACGCUGCGCACGGCAUGGUGGGGUGCAUGUUGCAGAGUUCCAUCUAUCACUUCUUCAAGGCACAGGAUGGGUCUUGGGCAGCGGAGAAAGUGAUCCAAAUUCCAAAGAAGAAAGUCACGGGAUGGUAUUUCCCCGAAAUGCCAAGUUUCAUCACGGACAUCCUCAUUUCGCUGGACGACCGCUUCCUCUACCUGAGCAACUGGCUUCACGGCGACCUCCGUCAGUACGACAUCACUGACCCUCACUGCCCAAGACUGGUGGGCCAGGUGUUUGUGGGGGGCAACAUCUACAAAGGCGGGGUGGUUACCGUGCUUGAGGAUCCGGAGCUAAACUGUCAGCCCGAUCCCUUUGUGAUCCAGGGAAGGAGAGUCUAUGGGGGACCCCACAUGAUUCAGCUCAGCUUAGACGGCAAGAGACUUUACACCACAACCUCUUUUUACACGCCGUGGGACAAGCAGUUUUAUCCUCAGAUGGUCAGGGACGGUUCGGUCAUGCUACAGAUCGACGUGGACACGGAGAACGGAGGCCUGUCGGUGAACCCGGACUUCCUGGUGGACUUUGGGAAGGAGCCCUGUGGUCCCGCUCGCGCGCACGAGAUGCGCUACCCGGGGGGAGACUGCACCUCAGACAUCUGGAUCUAGCAGCCCGCUCCGGUCUCCUACUAAGCUAACGUCACGGGAGGAAGAAGGAUCAUGCUC